GCUGACCCGGCCCGACUGCGCCGUCAUCCCGGGUAUAAGCGCGCAACCUCGAGCGAGAGCUCAGAGAGUGGGCUGCCGCCGCCAUGCCGCCCUUCAGCCUGCUGCUGCUCGCCCUCUGCCUCCGGGCCGCGCCCGCUGCCGCGCUCGUCAGAAUCCAGCUGCACAGGUUCACGUCCAUCCGCCGGACCAUGACGGAGAUGGGGGGCCCUGUGGAAGACCUAAUCGCCAGGGGUCCCAUUUCAAAAUACACCCUGGGGGAGCCCCGUAUGACUACUGGACCAGUUCCCGAAAUGCUCAAGAACUACAUGGAUGCCCAGUACUAUGGGGAGAUCGGCAUUGGGACGCCACCGCAGUGCUUCACGGUCGUCUUUGACACUGGCUCCUCCAACCUGUGGGUGCCAUCCAUCCACUGCAAGCUGCUGGACCUGGCCUGCUGGGUCCACCGCAAGUACAACAGUGGCAAGUCCAGCACAUACAAGGAGAACGGCACGUCCUUUGACAUCCACUACGGCUCUGGCAGCCUGUCUGGGUACCUGAGCCAGGACACCGUGUUGGUACCCUGUAAAGCCGCUUCCCCGGCCCCGAGUGGCAUCAAGGUGGAGAGGCAGACCUUCGGGGAGGCCACCAAGCAGCCGGGCAUCACCUUCAUCGCAGCCAAGUUCGACGGCAUCCUGGGCAUGGCCUACCCCCGCAUAUCGGUGGACGGCGUGCUCCCCGUCUUUGAUAACCUGAUGCAGCAGAAGCUGGUGGACAAGAACAUCUUCUCCUUCUACCUGAGCAGGGACCCGAGUGCAGAGCUGGGGGGCGAGCUGAUGCUGGGCGGCACGGACUCACGGUACUACAAGGGCCCCCUGAACUACUUCAAUGUCACCCGGCAGGCCUACUGGCAGAUCCACAUGGACCAGAUCGACAUCGGGAGCAGCCUGACUCUGUGCAAGGGGGGCUGUGAGGCCAUCGUGGACACAGGCACCUCCCUCAUGGUGGGCCCGGUGGAGGAGGUCCGCGAGCUGCAGAAGGCCAUUGGGGCCAUACCGCUGAUCCAGGGCGAGUACAUGAUUCCCUGCGAGAAGGUGUCUGGCCUGCCCGAUAUCACCCUGAAGCUGGGGGGCACAGACUACAAGCUGUCUGCAGAGGACUACACACUCAAGGUGUCCCAGGCCGGGAAGACCGUCUGCCUGAGCGGCUUCAUGGGCAUGGACAUCCCACCCCCUGGCGGGCCGCUCUGGAUCCUGGGGGAUGUCUUCAUCGGCCGCUACUACACUGUGUUCGACCGGGACGAGAACCGUGUGGGCCUGGCCGAGGCCACCAGGCUCUAGCAGCCCCCUGCCCACUGGCAGAGCGGAGUCCGAUAGGAGGCUGGCCCCCACCCGUGCCAGCCCCACCAGCCGUACACACUCACCCACACUCACAAGGCUGUGGCCCACUGUUCUGCUCUCUGGUCCCCCUCUGGCUUCCUAGGGCUGCCUGCUUGCCUGCUCUUUUGUGGAGGGGGGCCCGGGGCAGCGGCCAGUAGACUGACCCAGAGCAUGGUUCCCUUUCACUAACUUGGCACACCCAGCCCCACUUGGCAGCCGGUCAGCUGUGCAUGUGGGCACUCCCCUUCCUCCCCUACACCGCGUUGUUCCCUCCCCAGCCUGCACCUUGGGAGCCUGGCUGCCUGGGCAGGGCCUUGGUUGAAGCCCACCCUGCACCAGGCUGCCCUCUUGGUUCCCACCCGGGCCAGGGGCUGGGUGCUGCCCAUCGUGGACCUGUCGGGUGCGGCCAGCCAAGGCCUGACAACGAGCAGGAAGGAGCUGGAAGCUGGGAGUGGACAAGAGCUGCUCUUGUGAGGCCUAUGGGAUCAGCCUGGGGCUUGACCACAUCCAGAAGGGCAUUCACUGGCACAAGGGUGGGGCAGGAAGGGAGGGGUUUUGGCACCAGCUGCUCUGUGGCUGCUCCUCUCUUGAGCAGCUGGGAGCCAAAGUUAAUGUGAAAAUACAGUUGUUUGGGCCUCUG